CCCCCCUCCUCCAUUUCUCAACUCCUUCUUUCUUUACCUUUCCUUCUUUGUAUUUCCCUCUAAAUUUCCUUCCCACGGUUACUGCCUCAGCACCUGACUUAAUAUCACAGCCCACCGUUUGAUGAUCUGACUCUCUCUGAUCAACAACUUCACCUCCGUAUCCACCCAUGGGACACUGCUGCAGCAAAGACGUGUCUGCUGUUAACAAUGAAGUGAUCAACUCGAUCAAGCAUCCAGCUACUCCGCCGAACGCGGCGACAGUUGAGGUGGCACCGCCUGCCACCAAUGGCUACGCCAAUUCAUUCGCAGCCAGCCCAUUUCAGAGCCCACUUCCCGCGGGAGUCAUGCCAUCGCCUUCCCCGGCGAGGACGCCGGGGAGGAAGUUCCGGUGGCCGUUGCCGCCUCCUUCUCCGGCUAAGCCGAUCAUGGCUAUGAUGAGGAGGCGGGUGCAGGGGAAGCAGCAGCCUCAGGAGGGGCAACCGAUAACGGUGGAUGGUGGCGGAGAGGGAGGAGGGGGAGAGAGGGUAGCGGCGGGGACUGGGACGGGGGGUUUGGAUAAGAAUUUUGGGUAUCCAAAGAACUUGGCGGCGAAGUUUGAGUUGGGAAAGGAGGUGGGGAGAGGGCAUUUUGGGCAUACUUGCUGGGCUAAAGGAAAGAAAGGAGAGCUUAAAGGACAACCUGUUGCUGUCAAGAUCAUUUCCAAAGCUAAGAUGACAACAGCAAUAUCAAUUGAAGAUGUUCGACGGGAGGUCAAGAUAUUGAAAGCAUUGUCGGGGCAUAAGAAUAUAAUCAAAUUCUAUGAUGCUUUUGAGGAUGAAAAUAAUGUCUACAUAGCCAUGGAAUUAUGUGAAGGUGGAGAACUGCUGGACAGAAUUUUAUCAAGAGGGGGAAGGUACACCGAGCAAGAUGCUAAAACUAUUGUUGUGCAAAUUCUAAGUGUAGUUGCCUAUUGUCAUCUUCAAGGGGUUUCUCACCGUGAUCUAAAGCCAGAGAAUUUUCUUUUCACCUCAAGAGAUGAGGAUGCUCCAAUGAGGAUUAUCGAUUUUGGUCUAUCUGAUUUUGUAAGGCCAGAUGAUCGUCUCAACGAUGUUGUUGGCAGUGCAUAUUAUGUUGCACCUGAAGUGCUCCACAGAUCGUACAAUCUCGAAGCUGAUAUGUGGAGUACCGGUGUGAUAACAUACAUAUUAUUAUGCGGGAGUAGACCUUUCUGGGCAAGAACUGAAUCGGGAAUUUUCCGCUCUGUGCUAAGAGCUGAUCCUAACUUUGAUGAUUCACCUUGGCCUUCUGUGUCACCAGAAGCUAAAGAUUUUGUCAAAAGGCUUCUGAACAAGGACCACAGAAAAAGAAUGACUGCUGCUCAGGCUCUAACCCACCCAUGGUUACGAGAUUUAAAUCCAGCUGUGCCUUUGGAUAUUUUGAUCUUCAAGUUGGUCAAGUCAUAUGUUCGUGCCACACCUUUCAAACGUGCAGCAUUGAAGGCUCUUUCAAAAGCCAUUCCUGAAGAUGAGCUCGUCUAUCUCAAGACUCAAUUUAGUCUCUUGGAACCGAAAAAUGGAUCCGUAUCCCUUAAUAAUUUCAGAGUGGCUUUGACGAGACAUGUUACUGAUGCCAUGAAGGAAUCACGGGUUCUUGACAUUUUAAAUGUGAUGGAACCGCUCGCUCACAAGAGAAUGGGGUUCGAGGAAUUCUGUGCUGCUGCAAUCAGCACACAUCAGCUCGAAGCCCUGGAAGGAUGGGAGAACAUUGCAACUGAAGCCUUUGGUUUUUUUGAACAAGAAGGAAACCAGGUCAUCUCGGUGGAGGAAUUGGCACAGGAAAUGAAUUUGGGCCCUACGGCCUAUUCUGCAGUCAAGGAUUGGAUUAGAAGCUCUGAUGGGAAGUUGAGUUUUAUUGGAUAUACCAAGUUCUUACAUGGCGUGACAAUGCGCACCUCGAAUGCAAGACAUCGAUGACAUAGCCAAUACAUAACUGUAGAACUGUUACACACUAUUUUUUGUACCAAGUGCAUCGACUUUCUUGUUAUCGCAUCUGAUUGGAGGUGUAGGAAGAAAUGUCUAGCCAGGAUCAUGUUGAGAUUCAAUUUGUUUUGAUUUAAACCCAUAUAGCGUGACUCUUAUGUCAAAAAUGUUUACAUGAUUUUUCAGCUGAAUUAACUUAUGUAUAUUAUCGAAUUAAAAUAGCAACAAGCAUGUUGACGGUUUUAUAAA